AUGGUCAAUGAUCAAACACCAAUUAACGAUCCUUUUUUACCGCCAACAACCGAUCCAAGUCUAAUAAAUGAUGCAUUCGCGAAUUUAGAUGCAGCUGUAAUAGAAGAAGAGGAAACAGUGAUGAUGCAAGGCAAGGUGGGAAGCCCAAACAUUGCAAUUCCUUCGCCCCAGAAAAAAGACAUUUUUUCGUCACAUGAUAGAAACAACAAUAAUCAUAAUGGUAAUAGUAGUCAAGAGAAACCGUUUUUAGUUGAUGAUGAUAAAGGGAAAGGAAAAGAGAAUUACGAGAAUUUGGUUCCGUUGGGUUCUGAUUCGCUUAAUGGUUCCACAAGUACUCUACAACAAGAUAAAUUCAAAUCUUCAAAUAUACCAUUCGGGAAACAGCAAGAUGUGACUGAAUGCAUGGACAAUGUCAUGUUUCAAUUGGAAGCGGCCCUUAAGCCAACAAUCAAUAAGUUUGAUACUGUUAUUGAUACUACCGAGGCAAAUGUAGUAAAAAGGUGA